AUGUCAAUGGGAGAAGGGGCUGACAUGGUUAGUUCAUAUCUAGGAGUUGAGCGAGAGGAGAUUGAUAUGACAUUUGCCGAAACCAACGGGGUACAUUUGAAGCAUAGUACUCUGCAAACUCUAUACACAACAAACCAGACGUUUGCCGAAAGAGCGAUUGCUGAAAAUAAGCCGGCGCAUGUUGUUAGGCUUUACAGGGAGAGGAGCGUAAGGGCUUUUAUGCUACAUUUGGUCUGUUGUACCAUAUUCAGCAACAAGAGCAGUUACUACGCGGAUGUUGUGUAUUUGCAGUACUUUCAAGAUUUGUCAUGCGUUCAUGAAUGGAAUUGGGGUGCUGCUGCUCUUGUUCAUCUGCAGCAUUAUUUGGAUCACGGGUCUGCGGUUAGCACGACUCAGAUGGCUGGCUACAUGUCAUUUCUUCAGGGAUGGAUUAUUGUGCACUUUCCGAGACUUAGUGUGUGGGUGGAGGCUCCUAGAUAUACAGCGAACAUGCCACUAAAUUCAAAGGUUGUUCCUGGGCAAGGACAUAAGGAUGCAGUUGGAUAUAGAAGCAGUUUGGACAAUAUUCAAACUUACGAUUGCGUGUUCAGCUCGUAUGAUGCCCACCGACAAGUGCGACCUUUGAUAAAUGCAUGUUGGUUUUCUGGAUGGUUAAGGUGUGGUAAAUUGAAAGCCAAGCAUUUGCCGGAACAAAAAGAUACAUGCAAGGUGAAUAUGAAGUGUCUUGAGACAGGACAUGAAUCAUGA